CUGUGUUGACGCAUAAUUUUCCUGUUUCACUGCUGUGGUGUGGUCAUGCAUUCAUACUCAUUCACACCAACAGCAGGAGAUUGUGACGUGUUACCAGCUCACCAAAAGCAGCUAGCUAAUAAUGGCCUCUUCAGGUAACAUGUUAUCAGAAAAACAGUUCCUGUGCACCAUCUGUCAACAAGUGUUCAAUGACCCGGUCACCAUUCCCUGUGGUCACAACUUCUGCCAAGCCUGUAUCCAGAGUGUGUGGGACAGCGGGGAUGUCUGCCAGUGCCCUACCUGCAACAAGUCAUUCAGCUCUCUGCCUGAGCUGAGCAUCAACACAGCCUUUAAAGAGCUAGCGGACAUGUUUCGACACGUGACCGUGUGCACGUCGGCUCUGCCGCUGUCUGCAGCCCAACCUGGCGAGGUGGUGUGCGACGUCUGUGCCACCACGUCCCUGCAGGUGAAGGCCCGGAAGUCCUGUCUUGUGUGUCUGACGUCGUACUGCGACGCCCACCUUGAGCCACACCAGAGAGUCUCCGCUCUGAAGCUACACAAAUUGAUCGAGCCGGUGAAGAACCUGCAGGAGAGGAUGUGUAAGAAGCAUGAGAGGCUGCUGGAGAUGUUCUGCAGGGACGAACAGAGGUGCGUGUGUCGGUUCUGCACAGAGACCGAGCACAAAGACCACCAGGCUGUUACGGUAGAGGUCGAGAGUGGGGAGAGGAAGGUCCAAAUAAAGAAGACUGAGGCUGAUUUCCAGCAGAUGAUCCAGGAGCGGCUGAAGAAAAUAGAGGAGAUCAAAAGCUGUUUGAAGCUCAGCACAGUGAGCGCAGAGAGAGAGAAGAGGGAGAGUGACCGCCUCUGCGUGUCUCUGACACGCUCCGUCAAAGAAAGACAAAGCGAGGUCAUCACUGAGAUUGAGGAGAAGCAGAAGGCGGCAGAGAGGAGAGCAGAGGAGCUCAUCGGUGAGCUGCAGCAGGAGAUCACUGAGCUGAGGAGGAGAAACACUGAGCUGGAGGAGCUGAGGAACACCGACGACCAUCUGAACCUCUUACAGAGGUUGCCUUCUCUUACUUCGUCUCCACCCACGAGAAUGUGGACGGAGAUCGGUGUCCAUCCUGAACUCUGUGUGGGAAACGUGAGGAGAGCACUGUCUAAAGUGGACAACACCCUGAAGAACGAGCUGGAGAACCUGAAGAAAGAAGAGAUGAAGAUGAUGCAGAAAUAUGCAGUUGACGUAGUGUUAGACGCCGAAACCGCCCAUCCUAACAUCAUCCUGUCAGCUGACGGGAAGCAGGCGGGCCGCAGCGAGCUGCUGCAUGUCGUCCCCGACAAUCCCCAGCGCUUUGACCCCGUCAUCUGCGUCCUCGCCAAGAAAAGCUUCCUGUCCGGGAGGUUCUACUUCCAGGUUGCUGUUGGGACAAAGACCUUCUGGGACCUGGGCGUCGUCAAAGAGUCCAUCAACAGGAAGGGGAUGAUCACCUCCAAACCAGAGAACGGUUACUGGACGGUGCGGCUGAGGAACGGGGACGAGUACCGAGCUCUGGACUCGCCCUCGGUCGUCCUGUCGCUCAGAGAGAAGCCACAGAUGGUCGGGGUGUUUGUGGACUACGAGGAGGGGACGGUGUCUUUCUUUAACGUGGACAAUGGGUCUCACAUCUACAGGUUCACUGGGUGUUUGUUCUCUGAGAGGAUAUUUCCAUUCUUCAGCCCUGGCGUCUGCGAUGAAGGGAAGAACGCGGCGCCGCUGAUCAUCACCGCUGUGAACCCCGAGAAUUAGACUUUGAGGACAAUUGUUUGACCGUGUCCUGAACCCGAAGGACAUACUGUAUGCAAACUUGAGGGUUUGUCCACACAUAAAAAUUUCCACAUUGAAACAGUUUUGGAUAUCAGAAUCACUAUUUACAAAAAAAAAAAAACAAGUCUCAGAGUGGGAAAAUCUGAAAACACCACCCUUGCAUUUCCCUGUAGACAACCAAUACACUUCUUUGGGAAAAUGAUCAUGUCAUAGUCCCGCCUCUAUCUUUCUACUACCUUCACUGUCGCUUGUCUUCGUCGUCUUGCUCUUUUUGUGUUAGGAGUUUGUGGCAUUUAUUUUCUUCAGUCGCCCCGAUUUUCUUCAUUUGGUCUGUUUCUCUGAUUGUAUAAAUUGCAAAAUAUAC